AUGGUAAAUGGAGUGAUGAUUCUUCCUGUGCUAAUAAUGAUUGCGUUCCCUUACCCUAGCAUGGAAGAUGAGACGCCCAAGGCAAACACCAAGCUUUAUAUGUGUGUGUGUGAAGGCCUCUCCUGUGGGAACGAGGACCACUGUGAAGGCCAACAAUGCUUCUCCUCCCUGAGCAUAAACGAUGGCUACCAAGUCUACCAGAAAGGCUGCUUCCAAGUCUACGAGCAGGGCAAGAUGACCUGUAAGACCCCGCCCUCUCCUGGUCAGGCCGUGGAGUGCUGCCAAGGGAACUGGUGCAACAGGAACAUCACGGCCCAUCUGCCCACAAAAGGGAAAUCCUUCCCUGGAACACAGAAUUUUCACUUGGAAGUUGGCCUCAUUAUUUUGUCCGUAGUGUUUGCAGUAUGCCUUCUAGCUUGCCUCCUGGGAGUUGCUCUCCGAAAAUUUAAAAGGCACAACCAAGAACGCCUCAAUCCCAGAGAUGUUGAGUACGGCACCAUCGAAGGUCUCAUCACCACCAAUGUUGGAGACAGCACUUUAGCAGAUUUAUUGGAUCAUUCGUGCACAUCAGGAAGUGGCUCUGGUCUUCCUUUUCUGGUACAAAGAACAGUGGCUCGUCAGAUUACACUAUUGGAGUGUGUCGGGAAAGGCAGAUAUGGAGAGGUGUGGAGAGGCAGCUGGCAAGGAGAGAAUGUUGCCGUGAAGAUUUUCUCGUCCCGCGAUGAGAAGUCAUGGUUCAGGGAAACAGAAUUGUACAAUACUGUGAUGCUAAGGCAUGAAAAUAUUUUAGGUUUCAUUGCUUCAGACAUGACAUCCAGACACUCCAGCACCCAGUUGUGGUUAAUUACACAUUAUCAUGAAAUGGGAUCGUUGUACGACUAUCUUCAGCUUACUACCCUGGAUACUGUUAGCUGCCUCCGAAUAGUGCUGUCCAUAGCUAGUGGUCUUGCACAUUUGCACAUAGAGAUAUUUGGGACCCAAGGAAAGCCAGCCAUUGCCCAUCGAGAUUUAAAGAGCAAAAACAUCCUGGUUAAGAAGAAUGGACAAUGCUGCAUAGCAGAUUUGGGCCUGGCUGUCAUGCAUUCCCAGAGCACCAAUCAGCUUGAUGUGGGGAACAACCCCCGAGUGGGCACCAAGCGCUACAUGGCUCCUGAAGUUUUAGAUGAAACCAUCCAAGUGGAUUGUUUUGAUUCCUACAAGAGGGUCGAUAUUUGGGCCUUUGGACUUGUUUUGUGGGAAGUAGCCAGGCGGAUGGUGAGCAAUGGUAUUGUGGAGGAUUACAAGCCACCCUUCUAUGAUGUAGUUCCUAAUGAUCCAAGUUUUGAAGAUAUGAGAAAGGUAGUUUGUGUAGAUCAGCAGAGGCCAAACAUACCCAACAGAUGGUUCUCAGACCCGACACUAACCUCUCUGGCCAAGCUGAUGAAAGAAUGCUGGUAUCAGAAUCCAUCCGCAAGACUCACAGCUCUGCGUAUUAAAAAGACUUUGACCAAAAUUGAUAAUUCCCUAGACAAAUUGAAAACUGACUGUUGA